AUGGAUAUAAAUCGGUCUAGAUUUAAUGAACUAAAUGAAGAAUACGAAAAAAGAAAUGUGUUGAAAGAAAAUGGAUUAAAUACAAACUUUUCAUAUGAACAUAUUUUAAAUAAUAAUAUAAAAAGACCUCAAGAAAUAGAUUGUGGAAUGUCAUGUGGUAGUUCAUUUUAUGAACAGUUUGAAAAAUUUGAAAAAUUUGAAAAUGGGAAUAAUAUUUUUGAAAAUAAUUUAACCGAGCAAAAUAUAAACAGCCAAUUUAUAGAUGGUACUCAAAAUUUAGACAAUAAUUUUCUUGACCUAGACAAAAAAAAUAAUCCAGUAUAUAUUUAUAAUACGACAAAUGCUUUAGAUCUUUCUUUUAAACAAAUAAGUAAAGAAGAUUUUGUAAAAGAUUUUUCAAAUAUAGAAAUAAAUACAUUCAACAAGAGCAAUAAUAUAAUAAAAGGUACUCCCAAUCCAAUCGUAUAUUCAAGUGAUGAAAAAAAAAUCGAACAAAAUUUAAAUUCGGGAUGUAUAAUAACAAAAAGUAUAUACAAUAAUAAAAUAAAUUCAGACGAAAUAAAUGAAUCAUAUCAUGAAAACUUUCCUUAUAUUUCUCAAUCCAAUGAUGAAGAUGAUUUUUUUUUAAACAGUAAUAGUAUAUGUAGAGCGGGAGAAAGUGUGUGUACUACAAAUCUAGAAAGUAAUAUGGUCUCACCCUAUUUAGGAAGUAAUACUGUAAAUUAUUCUAACUCUGUAAUGAGUGAAAAAAAAUUAUAUUUCCCUGAGACAGCUAAAAUUGAAAGUAAUAAUAGAUAUAUAAUAACUCAGAAAAAAAAAAAUCCAAGUUAUAGUUCAAACGAAAUAAAAUCAAAUACUAUCAACUCGACGAAUAUAAUAAGUAGACCACAUUUUGAAGAAGACCCAAAUUUGGUUAGUAAGUUAGAGGAUGGGACAAACAAAAAUACCAAUAACAUAGAAAAAGAUGACAUAAAAAAUAACAUAAAAAGUGAAAUAUUUUCAUUAUCAAAGGAAGAUAUAUACAAUAGUGUCGCAACCGAAAUCAUGAAUUAUAAGAGCACCAUUUAUGAUUUAGAAACUGAAUUAAAAAUAAAAAAUAGCUAUUUAGAAAAUGAAAAAAAAAAAAAUGAAGGAUAUGAACAAAUUAUAGAAAAAUAUAUAAAUAAUUUAAAUACACCAUCUCAUAGCAACAAUUCAAUGAAUACAUAUGACAUUAACGAGAUUCAAGCAAAACAAAUAAAACAAGAGUUACUACUAAAAACUACUGAAGUUAUAAAUCUAAAUAAUGCAAUAAAUAAUUUAAAAAGUCAGAAAACUUUAUUUAUAAGUUCAGUAUACAGUGAGCUAGAAGCUAGUAUGAAAAAGGAGACAGAAAGUUCACUACUUUUACAUGCACAAACAAUAAAAUUAAAUAAUGCAAAUAAAUAUAUUGAAAAACAAAACACUAAAAUAAAUAAUCUAGUAAAUGAACUAGCCAAAUUAGAACAACGAUAUAUAUAUCAUGUACAAAAAGAUGAAAGAAUUAUUAAUGAAUUAUUAAGUGAAAAAAAAGAGUUUGUUAAAAUUGCAGAAAAAUUAAAUAUUGUAAAUAUAGAAAAUAAAAAUAAAAAUGAAGAAUUAGAAAAAUAUAAAAAUAAAUGUAAUGAAUUAACAGAAGAACUAAAUGAUUUAGUUCGAGUUAUUUCAUGUGAUCAAUUAGAUUAUCAAAAACCUUUUAAUAAAUCUUAUCAAACAAAUAAUUGGGGAUCUUUGAUGUAUAUGCCAAAUCAAAAAGAUGUUGAAAAUGAUGUCUCAGUAAAUCAUGCUAACCUUACAAAAGAUAAGAAUGGAAGUACAAACUCGGAGGGUAACCAUAUUAGACAGGUUCAUUCAGAAAAUGAUGGAAAUAGUAACAGUAAUAAGGAGGACUUAAAUAAUUCAUUGAAAAUACAGCUAGCCAAAUUGAUCGAACACAAUGAUUGGCUAAAGAGUGAAAUUGAUAAGUACUCUAAAAAAAAUAUAGAAAUUGUUGAAGAAUUAAAAAAUAAAACAAAAAUAAUAUCUGAACAAAAUAAAAGUUAUACAUUAUUAUUAGAAAAAUAUAAUAUUCUUGAAAAUGAUUUUAAAAAUAUUCAUGAUGUAUGUUCUAAAUUAGAAGAAAGAUUUAAAAAAGAACAGUUUCAAAAUAUAAUAGAAAAUAAAAAUAUUUGUGAUGAGGUUGAAAAAAAUGAAUCGAAAGAGUUAAGAAAACGGAAUUUAUCUUUAAAAGAUUUACAAAUAAAUGAAAGUAAUCAAAGUGAAAGUAAUAUCAAUGAUUAUAAAAUUUAUUGUUCUGAAUUAAAAUUAGAGAAUGAAGCUCUUAAGGUUGUAGUUGAAAAGUUAAAAAAUAAAAAUAAAAAAUUAUCCAAAAAUAUGGAACUUCUUUUAAAUGAUUUAAUAACUAAUGAACAAUUAAAUAAUGAAGAAAUACAAGAUAACAACAUGGUUAGGCAUAGCACUAAUAUUAUCAAUUUAGAUAAUGAAAAUAAUCAAGAUAAUUCUCAAACAGUUAUAUGUGGCAUGUCUAAAAGAACGACAUUUCAAAGAGAUGAAGACAACCCUCAAAACAUUACACUUAUAAAUUCAGCUUAUCAAAAAGAGUCAACUAUUUUAAUAAAAAAUGAAGAACCCAAUAUCGAAAAGAGUUAUCUAAAUGAAUCAAAAAAAAGUAAGUCUACAUCUUUUGCAGAUGUAUUUACACAAACAGAACCCAACGAGUAUAUCAAAAAUUAUGUCACUACUGGUGUGAAUACAGAUGAAAAAAUAGUUUCUAACAAAUGUAGAAUUACAGAUAAUCAUAUCAAUCCAUUAAUAGAUGCAUGUAUUAAUACUAACAAAGUUAAGGUUAUAAGUCUAGAUGUAAAUAUAGAAUAUAAAAGUACCCAAACAGAUGAAAAAGAUUGUUAUAUAAAAUCAACACAAACUGAUUUUAAUAAAACAAUAGAUAGAGGUAUAUUGACUGAAAUGUGUGGGGUCACAGAUUUUAAUAUUAAACAAAUUAUGAUAAAAAAUAAAAUAUUAACAAAAAAUAAAAAAAUACAAGUAACAGUACCAAAUUUAAAUGCGUCCAUACAAACCCAAGAAAUGGCAUCUAGUGAUGUAUCGAAAAGGUAUAGUAAUACAAACUAUAACAUAAAACAUGGUGAUAAAUAUAAAUACGACUUAUUUAAUAUAAAUAAAAGUUUGAGAUGCAAAAAAAAAAGAAAUUAUCUUAAAAACUCAUCAUCUAUUUAUUCAAGCAAUUCAAUAGACAAUCUUGAAUUAGAGAAUUCGAGUAUUUCUUCUGACUUAUGUUCAUUUAAAAAUAGUAGCAAAUAUUAUUAUAAGGAUGAACGAAAUAGUUAUAGAGAUGUAGUAAAAAGAAACAAAGGAGGUUAUUACAUAAAUCGAAAAUAUUCAAGUAACAGUUAUUCUGAUACAAGCUAUGAUAUUAACAAUUAUAAUGGCAUAUCUAAUAUAUAUAUUUCAAAUGAAAAAGAAAGACACAAAAAGAAUAUAUUACCAAUAUGUGAUAUGGAUUAUAGUAGAGAAUAUUAUAUAAAGGGAAAUUGUUCAUCUUUGAAAUCAUCGAGAAAAUGUAAAAAUCAAAGUCGAGGUAGAUACUCAAAAAGUUAUAACAGAAAUGAAGAAGAAGAAGUGGAAUCAUUAUUAGAAAUUUUGAAAUAUUCAUCUGAAUUUGAAAAUGAAAAUGAUGAGGAAAAUUAUGAGGAUACCCAACUUAAUAACAAUUAUAGAAAUGAAGGUCAAAUUGAAAUUUAUAGAAAUUCAAUUGAAAAUGAUUCUUAUUAUAAAAAAAGAAUGAUGAAAUAUAGGAAGCGAGAAAAAAAAAGAAAGAAUCGAAAAAAAAUUGAAAAAAUUAAUGAAUCAGAAAAAGCACUUAUAAGAUACGAAUUAGAUAAUCUAUCUCAAAGUCAUAAAAAAUAUAAAAUAUACAAAAAAUUAAAAAAUUAUAAUGAUAUGAUUAAAAUUGAAAAUAAGCAUGUCCAAACAGAUGAACAAAUUUUUGACGAUAUAUUUUAUGAUGAUAUAAAUACUAAUGUAAAAAAUUGUUCAAAUAUUAUCGAUCAAAAUGUUAAAAAUUUAAAAAUAAAACUCAAGGAAUAUAAAAAUGAUUUCUUUUAUACUGCAAUAGUUUGUGAACAAUGUAAAGGGCUAUAUAUAGAUAUGCUACUAAUAUAUAUUAUCAUAAAUUAUAUGAAUUAUAAUAAUUGCAACGAUUCAAAGAUACCAUAUUGUAAUGAUAACUUAUUAUCUUCAGAUAUUGAUCAAAAUAAAAUCCCCAUAAAAAAAGCUAGUUCUUACACUAAUCCAAAUUAUAGCAAUAAUUCUGUGAAAAAAAAUAAGCAUAGAUUUAUUUCGAAUACCUUAAAUAGUAUAUCAUAUUCUUUAUCUUUUUAUAAAAAGCAAACAAACGAAGAAGUUUGCGAUAAUAAUGUUGCAAAUGUUAUGUCCUCUUCUUCAUGUGAGCAUCACCAAAGUGAUAAAGAAGACACAACAUUAGACAAAAUGAAAAUACUUAUACAUAAAUUUGUAGAGGAAAAUAUUCCUUCUGGUUUUAUUUUGUGUACAUGCAGUUCUACCGUUUUAAGGUACAAAAGUAUUCGCCUCAAAAAAAAACCAAAAAUGGAUAACCUUAAAAAAGACAAUAUGAAUAAUAUAAAUAAUGAAAAAAAUAACAUUAUUUUUAAUGAAAUAAAAAAUGUUAUAUCAAAUUUAAAAAAUGAAUUAUCUCAGAUUCGUGGAACUAUAGAUAAUUUAUUUUUUUCCAAUAAAAAUAAUAUAUUAUUAAAUAAUAUUUUAAAUGUUUCACAUUUUAAAGAUAUACCAUCUAUUGUAUAUAACCAUGUGCAUAAUAUCGAAACAGAAAAUGACGACCCAAUGCAUAAAUUAUUAAUUAAUGAAAAUGAUAAUCCUCUUGAAAUUUUUCAUAUAAAUAAAAAAGAAACCACUCCAAACAGUUACUUAUUAGGUAAUAUGACAAAGAGAGAAGAAAUAAACAUUUGUGAAAAUAUGAAACUUUCAAAAUGUUUAUACACUAAUCAAAAUGAUUUAAAAGAACAUAAAUUAUAUUUUAAAUAUUUAGUAGAAAAUUAUAACAUAAAAAAUGUAACUACAUUUUUUAUUUGCUGUAUAUUAAGUUUGAAUGAGAUAAACUCGAAUUUGUGCUUACCCUUUAUGAAGGAAAAUCAUUCCCAUAAUAGUUCAUUACCGAGUUUUGAUGAUACACCACAACCAGAUGAUCCUGUAGAAAUCGAACAAAAUGAAAUAAAAGAAAUAAACAAAAUAAAAGAGGCGGAAUAUUUUUUGAAAGAGUAUAACAUAGUUUUGUCUCGAACUUCAGAAAAUGUAUGUACUAAGCAAAUGACAAAGAUUGAAAAUGCAUUAUACAUUUUAUCAACUAAUAUAAUUAAUAAAAUAAAAGAAAGGCACAUGGAAAUAAUGUCCAUUUAUUUACUGAUUGGUGAACAUAUAGAUAGUAAAAAUAUAAAGAUAACAGAUUUAAUGAAACUAAUAGAUAACUAUAGUAAAAUUUAUUUAUACUUGGCUAACUUAAAUAAAACAAAUGAUGACGCAAUUAGUUUAAAUGAAAAUGAAAUAAUUAAUUCGAAUGAAAAAAAAAGUCCAAAUACUAUUAUCAAAAGUUUUAAAUUGCAAAUAAGUGAAAUGCUAAAAAAGAAAGACAAAAAAAGUGAAAACUCUCAAAAUGGUAAUUCACAAAUGAAUAAACAAGAACACGAAUUUGACGAUGAAGAUGGCACAAAAUGUAAUGACAAAAUAAACACCUGUAUGAUUAAAAUUGAUGAACUAAAUGAGGAAAUAAACCUUUUAAAAAUAAAAAACAAAAAGAGUUUAGAAAGUAUAUCUAAAGAUAGUGAAACAAUUCAAGAUAAUAGCCAAAGGAAUAGUAAUUGUAGACACAAAGAAAAGUACAUAAAACAUCAAGAACCAUGUUCAUCACAUUCGAGUAAUAUCAACUCAACUUGUGAUGAAACAAAUAGUAGUGUAGACUUAGAUAAAAGGGAAAAAAAUAUAGAAAGUGAAACUGAAGAGAGUAAGAUUGAAAAAGUACAUUAUUUAAAGGACAAUAAAUAUGAUGAAUAUAAUGAAAUAAAUAAAGAAAAAGAUGGUGAAAAAAAAUGGAAAAAAAAAGAAAGAAAUAUGAAACAUAUAAAUACAUUAAAUAAUAUAAAAAUUAAUGAAAUGUGUAAUAUUUUAUUUACCUUAAAAGAAAAAAUUUUAACUUUUCUUUCUUAUAUUUAUAAAAAAUUAUGCCGAAAUAUGUUAAUUAAUAUAUAUUAUGUUAAAAGACUUUACACACAAAUAGUAAACAUUUUUUUAAACAUCCCAAGAGAUAUAAAUAUAAAUUAUUUAUUUAUUAAUACUAGAGAAAUAAAUAGUAGUAUAUAUAUUAAAAAAUAUAAUGAUAUAAAUAUUAAUGAGAAAUAUUUGGAGUUAAUUUAUAAUAAAUUUCAGAACUAUUCUCAUGAAAGUUUGUUAAAUAUGCGUGAUAAAAGAAAAAAUAAAAAUAAAUUGAAAAAAAUAAAAUAUGAUAUACAUAAACAAUAUGACACAGACGAUGCCAGCUCAUCACAAAAAAAUUUAAGCCGAACAAUGGACGAGGAAAAGGCAUCACAUAAGGUUAUAAAUAAUGAAAAACAAAAAUAG